CCCGCGGCCGGCGCUCGACGCGCGCUGCCUGGCGCCGCCCGGGCCGCCGCCGCCAUGGCCACGGAGGACGAGAUCAUCCGCAUCGCCAAGAAGAUGGACAAGAUGGUGCAGAAGAAGAACGCGGCUGGAGCUCUUGAUUUGUUGAAGGAGCUUAAGAAUAUUCCUAUGACCCUUGAGUUACUACAGUCUACCAGAAUUGGAAUGUCAGUGAAUGCAAUACGCAAGCAAAGCACAGAUGAAGAGGUUACAUCUUUAGCAAAAUCUCUUAUCAAGUCUUGGAAAAAGCUGUUAGAUGGACCUUCAACUGAUAAAGAUUCUGAAGAAAAGAAAAAGGAGCCUGCAUCUUCCUCACAAAACAGCCCUGAUGCCAGAGAAGAAAGCAGUUCAAGUAGCAAUUCCAGCAGCAGGAAGGAGGAGGGUAGUGCUCCCUCAAAUUCUUUCAUCCCUUCUUUUCCCCGGGCUCCAAGCACUUCAGACUCUGUACGAGUGAAAUGUAGAGAAAUGCUCUCUGCAGCUCUCAGAACAGGAGAUGAUUACAUUGCUAUUGGUGCUGAUGAAGAAGAACUGGGUUCUCAGAUUGAAGAAGCUAUUUUUCAAGAAUUAAAAAACACUGAUAUGAAAUACAAAAAUAGGGUACGAAGUAGGAUAGCGAAUCUCAAGGAUGCAAAGAACCCUAACCUAAGGAAAAAUGUAUUAUGUGGAAACAUUCCUCCUGACAAGUUUGCUAAAAUGACAGCAGAGGAAAUGGCAAGUGAUGAGCUGAAAGAAAUGCGCAAAAAUCUGACCAAAGAAGCUAUCAGAGAGCACCAGAUGGCUAAAACAGGAGGUACCCAAACUGAUCUGUUUACGUGUGGCAAGUGCAAAAAGAAGAACUGUACAUACACCCAGGUUCAAACCCGCAGUGCUGAUGAACCCAUGACAACGUUUGUUGUCUGUAAUGAAUGUGGAAACAGAUGGAAGUUCUGUUAGAAGAAGAAAUUGUCAAGACAUCUGGACCAGUAUGAACGAGGAUUUUGUAAUUAGCUUUAAAAACUAGGCUAAGCAUCUAGCUUCCUGCAAAUUAGAGGGUUUUUUGGUUUUUCUUUUCUUUUUAUUUCAAAGCAGCAUACAUGCCUCAAGUUAGCUUUUGUUUUGACACAACCAUCAUUUCCUUAAAUGCCUUCCUAUAGCUGGUAGUCAGUAGGGCCAGGUUGCUCAAUUGUAUGGUGAAUUUUAAAAUAUUUUUUCAUUUUUAUAAGUAAGUUGACAUUAAACUUUUACCAGUUAAA